AUGUAAAAGCUAAUAGAUGAAUUAAACUUAACUAAAUACAAAUCAGUCGAAUAGGUAGUUAGAAUUUACACCUUCUUUAAGACUAAAGAAUUGAAUGUUUAAAUAAAAUUUACUUUCGAUGAUCUCUACUAGUGUUUGGUAUUGAAGUUAAACUCAAAAUUUAGUUAAAUAAUGAAAAAAGUUUUUUGAUUGAAUAUUUGGUUUGCUUAUAUUUGGAAGUACAUCUUAAUGAUAUACAUCAUCCGUAUAUUUAAUUGUUGAUGAAUUAAAAGUAUGAUUAUAUAAUUAUUUAGUCGAUGUAUUCGUUAAUGUUUAAUUUUCAAUGAAAUGGCAAAUAUUUUAAGAUUUUUGAUAGAGCAUCAUAAAAUUGCAGAUCCUAUUGAAAUUCUUGAUGAACAAUUUAAUGAAUUAGAUUUUGAUAACAAAAUAGAGAUCUUAAUUUUUAUUGUUAAUAUAUUAGCUUUUUAAAGCAAAUGGUUUAAUGGAGUAAUUUAAAACAAAAUUUAAUUAUUUUAAAAAGGUAUAGUGAAAGAAAAGAAAUAAGAGUCUAAAAAAUAAUGGUAAGAAGAACUUCAUGAAUUAUAUGGUUAAUAAGAUGAAAUUAUUAUUGAAGAACGUAGGAUAUUGAGUAGAAAAUAAUUAGCUAUUUCAAAUAAAAAAAGAAUAAAGGAAAUUGAAAAAGAAAAAGAGGAACUUGAUGAGAGAAUAAUUAAAUUAAAUAAUUUAAUUGAUAUUGAUAUUUAAGAAUUAUAAAAAUUUGGAGUGAAUUCAAUGAAAAUUAUAUUUAGAGAUGAAGAAUGUUGUGUUUGGAUUAUUUAAGCUAUGCCUGAUUAUAUUUUAAUAAAAAUAAAUAAAAAUUUUAAUUUAAUUUAUGGAUAUGAAAUCCAUUAAUUAAUAAAUAAAAUUGAUGAUGGAAUGUUGAAAAAAUGUUUAGAAUUACAAUUAUUUUGUGAAGAAAAACGAAAAGUAUAAUUAAGCAAAGAUAUUUAAUUUUAAUUGGAUUAAAAUGGAUUACAUUAAUAUAAAAAAUAAGAUGGAAAACCUGAAUACUUAAUAUUUUGUUAGAAUGUAAAUAAUUUAAAUGAAAUUCUUAUUAAUAUGAUAUUAGAAAUAGAAGAAAAAAUAACAUAAUUUUUUCGCUAAUAUUUAUAAUUAAAUUGGACAUAUCCAUAUAAUAGAAAUAUGUGGAGAGAAGAAAUAAAAGAAGGUAAUGUUCAAGAUUUUAUUUAUUCAUUUUUAAGUAAAAUUAAUUAAUUUAAAAGUCGAUAUUAUGAAUUUGAUAAUGAUGAUGAAAUUCCAGAUGAUUAUAAAGAUAAAAAAAGUAAGAUAUAUAGAUUCUAUAUUUAGUUCCUUUAUUCUAUUAUUAUAAAAAUUUAAGUCAAGAUUUAUAAGAAGUAUAAAAUUGUGAUUAUGCUUAUGUUCUUAUAUUAUAUUGUAGAGUUUUGAGUUAAUAUAAUAGAAAUAUUGAAAGAUAAAAAGAGAAAUUAGUUGAAUUAGCUGAAUAAGCUGAAUAAAAUAAUAUUAAAUAACACCAAAAAUCUAUUUAACCUGCUAAACCAAAAAGAGCAUUGAGAGCAAUAAUUGAUGACGAUGAUGAUGAUGAAGAUUUUAAUUUAAAUUCUUACUAUUAUAGAUGA